GUUAGGGGGUGCAAAUUACUUGCCUUGCCCCGGGUGCUGACAACCCACGCUACGCCACUGUUUGCACCCCCCGCUCGCUUCCCCCCUCUGCACAACGACUCUGCGAGGAGGUAGGCGCGGCGGAGGGGACGCCACCGGCCCAAGAUCGCGCGCAACGAGGGCAGUCAGGGGAGCUUCCCAGGUCCUUAAUCCGAGCACAAAGCGCCUUCUCCGCGCGUGGCAAGACUCAGCCAGAAAGAAGGGUGGGGGGAAAGAAGAAUCUCUCUCCUUCUCCACGCCUCUGAAAGCCCUGGAGCUCCGCCCCGGCAGCCCCGACCGGAGGUGCUGCGAGCAGAAGCGCCCAGAGGCGGCGGCGAGGGGCGCCAUGCCUGCCCGGGAAGCAACAGGAUGCGCUUCGCAGGCAACAGUGAGGUUUGAGGACGUCAUUCUUUAUUUCUCCAGGAGUGAGUGGAAGUCCCUAGCCAAGUGGCAGAAGGAGCUGUACUGGGAAGUGUUGACAGACAACUAUGAAGCUUUGCUCGUUGCAGGGCAGCCGGUCACCAAAGCAGAAGUUGUGGCCUGGCUUGAGCAGUGUGAACGUCUGGACAUCGAAAGAACCCAGGAAUCUAGAGUCAGAGACCCUGCUGCAAAUGUUUCUGCAACAAAUGAUGGGCCCUCGAAGGCACGUUGUGAGGAGCGCAGAGGGCAGGCAGGAUCUCUCGAGACGCUACGUGACAUGUCUAAGGAGGUAGUGACCCAACGCGGUGAUAUAGGGGGCACCCCCAAGCAGACGUAUUUGUCGGCCGGACCACAAGGGAACCCUGCGAAGGCUGAGCCUCUUUUGCACAUUGAACAUGGGCAAAGUCCAGCAAGCCCGGCCUGCUCCCAGAGGCCUGCUGCUCCACCAAAACAGUAUAAAUGCAGGGAGUGUGGCAAGAGGUUCCGGUUGGAAGGGCUGCUUCGAAUGCAUCAGGAGAUCGCCGCAAGGAAGACGUCCUUUGCUUGUUCUGCCUGCGGACUGUGCUUCACAAGCCCUUUGUCUCUGAGGACGCACCAGAGAACGCACCUUCCUGCCGCGGUGGACGGGGAGAAGGCCUCUCCCAGGAAGAACCGGCUGAGUGCGCAGCAAGCGCCCGAGAACUUGCACCAGUGUGCAGACUGCGGGGACCGAUUCCGCGGGUUCCUCGACCUCCUCUGGCACCAGAAAACCCACGAGGAGCCGAGGCCCCGUCCGUGCGUCCAGUGCGAGGCCUCGUUCAUGCAUCAGAUCGACCUCGCCACGCACGAGGAGGGCCACUUGGAGGAAGCGCUGAAGAGGCACGAUCGGCGCAGGCGGAAGUGUCUCUGCAAGCUCGCCUUCCGGCUGCACUUCGCGUCGCUGCUCGGGCGUGGCGUGCAGGGUAACCAGGCCUCCUCGCAGGAGCAGGACCUCGAGCGACCGCACCAGGACAAAGAUGUCAAAGGGGAAACACCGUAUCCCUGCACCGGGUGUGGGCUGCUGUUCAAGAGGGGAGAGAACCUCGAGGUACAUUACAGGUACUGCAGCAAGCAGUGGCUGCAGAAGCCUCCGUUAAACGCCUCCUCCCCAGUCGCUCUGCAAGGGGAACAGCGGGAGGCUAGCGACAAGCAAGGGGUCGCCCGGCCGGCUUCCGAGGGCAGCCACGGCGACACGGGGCUCCCUCGCCCUCCCUCGCAAGCCUCCUCCGCUCAGCACGCCUGCCCGGAGUGCAGCAAACACUUCACCUCCAAGGGCAGCCUCCGCAGGCACAAGAAGAAGCACAAGGCUGCGUUGCAGCGCCGCCAGAGCAUAGCCCACACGGGCGGCGGUAGCGGUGGCUCCGGUGGCCCUGCCACAGCUUGCGCGACCAAGAAGCUGUACAAAUGCCAGGAGUGCGGGAAGAAGCUGGUGUACAAGUGGCAGAUGGCCGCUCACCAGCAAGGCCACGCCGAAGGGAAGAGUUUUAUAUGCCACCGCUGCGGGGAAAGCUUCGGGUUCAAGAGCGGUUUGCAGGAACACCGGUGUGCAGCAAGAGGCGCCGCGCCGGGCAAGGCCAGGUUGCUUUGCUGGUGCGGGAAGAGCUUGUCGAAGCUUCACUUUUCCAAGCAUCAAGAGUUCCACGCGGGACUGAGGUAUAUGUGCCUCCUUUGCGGGAAGAUGUCGAGUUUCCAGAGUUCGGCCAUCGCGCAUCGCCGCGGCCAUGUCAGAAGGGGGCAGCUGCUCGCGGCGGCGAGAGGCUCUGAUCUCCUUUCCCACACGAUAGAAAAGGUGUACAUUCCUCAGGGACCGCAGCUGCAGAAUCCAGAGGGGACGGGGCAGCCCAGCGAUGGCUUUCCGACCGGCCAGGAGGCCCCGGCGGAGGGUGGGAAGAGCCCUCGGCAGAAAUGGAAGCUGAAAUCUCCCCGGAACACACUCCCGAAGCCCUUCAGGUGCAGGGACUGCGGGAAAGCCUUCGCCUACCUGGCUCGCCUGCUGUCGCACCGCAAGGAACACACGGGCGACUUCCCCUUCCAGUGUGCCGAAUGUGGCUAUAAAUCUGCAUCUGCUUUAAAGAUAGAUUUCCACUAGUGGCUGAUUUAUUAAUUGGCUUAAGUCAUGGCCAAAUUAUCUCAGGUGUUCAAUUCUGUGGAAUACUUAACUUGGGGUGCUUUGAGAUUUUGAAUGUUCUUCAGUCAAAUAUGUGAAUACAGAUCCGCUCUGGAUAUUGUGUGGUUUUGGUGUGUGUAUGUGUGAAUAUCAACAUUCACCAGUGCACCUGAGUUGUCUCAAUUAAUUUUUCUAAUUAGCGGAAUUUGCCUGGAAUGGGGCAGCACUCCCACGUGCCGAAUUUCAUCGUUCACUGUUUACAGCAGAGGACUUAUUAACCGUUUUGCUAUUUGUCAUUGUGUUUUUAUUAUGCUUUUAUUAUUGACGUUCUGUAAUGUGUUUUUAAUGUCCCCCCCCCCACGCCCUGGGAUCUUUUGAUAAAAGGGUGGUAUGUAAGUUGAAUAAAUAAAAUAAAAAUAAAAGACAGGUUGGGAUUCUCUUUAAAUUUGCCUUCAGCCGUCAGAACUGGAAAUAAGCCGAAUGACGCAGGAUUUUAACCAUCUGGUGCAGAUUUCACUUUGCAGAGCGUUAGGCAUGGCGAUGCUGUUAUCAUUCACCAUCCUGGAUAUACUGAGUUUCACUACAGUUCCCAUCACUGGUGUCCAUUUGACAUUUUGGCUGGGUGCUCAUGGGAGUUGUAGUCCAAAGCAGCUGGGGUUGGCUAAAGCAGGCAUAGGCAAACAGCCCUCCAGAUGU